UUAUGUACUGCACGGACCCGGGGGAGGUGGAGCACUCAACCCGCCUCAUCUCCGACCCGGUGCUGCUGGUGGGGACCACCAUUCAGUACACGUGCAACCCCGGCUUCGUGCUGGAGGGCAGCUCGCUGCUGACCUGCUACAGCCGUGAGACGGGGACACCCAUCUGGACCUCACGGCUCCCGCACUGCGUCUCCGAGGAGUCGCUGGCCUGCGAUAACCCAGGACUGCCGGAAAACGGCUACCAAAUACUCUAUAAACGCCUCUACUUGCCGGGAGAGUCCCUGACCUUCAUGUGCUAUGAGGGCUUUGAACUCAUGGGGGAAGUUACCAUCAAGUGCAUCCUGGGUCAGCCGUCCCACUGGAGCGGACCCCUGCCCAUCUGCAAAGUGAAUCAAGACAGCUUUGAACACGCGCUGGAAGUAGCAGAAGCUGCUGCAGAGACAUCGCUCGAGGGGGGAAACAUGGCCCUGGCCAUAUUCAUCCCGGUGCUGAUCAUCUCCUUGCUGCUGGGAGGAGCAUACAUCUAUCUCACAAGGUGUCGAUACUACUCCAGCCUCCGCCUGCCCCUCAUGUACUCCCACCCUUACAGCCAGAUCACGGUAGAAACGGAGUUCGACAACCCGAUUUAUGAGACAGGGGAAACAAGGGAAUACGAAGUUUCGAUAUAAGGACAGUGGUAAGAGAGUCUCCGGCUGCGAACUUAAUGUGCUCUCAUAGAACUUCCUCAGUAACUAAUCCAGAGACCACGUGGAGUUUGGUUGGACCCCGGACCUGCUGUUGUCUUUCCUUUUGCCUCU